AUGGUCAAGCCAGAACGUUCAGACUUCAGCACGGGAGAUGUCUUUGUCAAGGAAGAGGCACAUGAUGUUGCCGUGUCCGAUCAACGCCUUCUGGACCUGGGGUACAAACCUGAAUUCCGCCGCGAGAUGUCUCUCUUCGGAGUGCUUGGGUUAUCUUUCUGUGCCAUGGGAAUUCUAACUGGAAUGAGCAGCGCGAUCCAGACAGGAUUGUUCUCUGGAGGCCCACUCGGCCUGUUCUGGGGAUGGAACAUAUGCAGUUUCUUCAUGUUUCUUAUCGCAUUAAGUCUUGCAGAGAUUUGCAGUACAUACCCAACAAUGGGAGGACUCUACUUCUGGGUUUGCAAGAUGAAACCAGACGUGCCUAUUCUUGGCUUCUUCACCGGCUGGCUUUAUGCCGUGGCAAUGGUGUUUACUGGCUCUUCCGGGAAUUUGAGUGUCGCUCUAUACCUUGCAUCGAUGGCAGAACUUGGACAAGGAAGGGCUUUGACGAGAAUAGAAAUCACCGCGAUCGCAUGGGCCGUAAACAUAUUCUCUGGCAUUAUCAAUACCAUCGGAACGAAGGCUAUAGGACGAAUGAGCACCUUCAAUGUCUGGUGGACGCUCGGUGGGACGAUUGUGCUGGUCAUCACCCUGCUUGUGAAAGCACCUGUGAAGAAUUCUCCUGACUUCGUGUUUACGAAUUUUCAAAAUUUCACUGGCUGGGAAUCCAAAGGUUUUGUUGUGCUUCUUGGGUUUCUUCAGGCUGUAUACACGCUCGAGGGCUGUGAAACAGCAGCUCAAUUAGCGGAAGAAGCUGUGCGCGCAGAGAUCCUGGCCCCACUCGCUGUAGUCGGCAGCAUUGCGGGCUCUUGGUUGAUCGGUCUUGCGUAUAUGCUUGCACUUCUUUUCGCAGUCCAGAGCAUUCCUUCUGUUCAGGCGACCACACUCGCCCUCCCGGUUGCUCAACUCUUCUAUGAUGCAGUCGGGCCCCGCUUAGCGCAAAUGUGUCUGUUUGUGACGAUGCUUGCCCAAGUGAUGGCUACGAUUACAGCAUUUACUGCGAGUUCGAGGCUGUUCUAUGCACUCGCAAGAGAUGAUGCUUUCCCGCUGAAAAAACAGUUUAUGGCCUUGAACCGAUACCAAGCGCCAUACUGGGGUGUAUGGACCAGCGUCUUGAUAGGAUGCAUUAUAUCAUGUGCUUACAUCGGGUCUGCGAUUGCAUUCAACGCAAUCAUAUCCUCAGCAGCUAUCUCGGUGAUGCUGAGUUACAUGCAACCCAUCAUCAUUCGUGUGUUCUGGCCCGGCGCCAUUCAAGAAUUUGGACCUUUUCGCCUCGGAAAAUGGUCAUGGCCAGUGAACUUUGCAAGUUUUUCGUUCUGCGUUUUCAUCUGCGUGCUAUUCAUCCUACCUACGGCAUACCCAGUGAACGCCCUCAAUAUGAACUACGCGAUCGUUGCUGUAGGUGGUCUUUUGGUCAUAAUCACGAUCAACUGGUUUUGGUGGGGAAGGCAUAGCUUUAAAGGCCCUGUCAGAACAUUCACGUUUAAAUGA